UACUACUGCCAGAAACUGCAGUCCACGGAACGACUAAUACAACGACCCGCUCACACCAGCACUGAAAUGGGUGGAUGUGCAUCGAAGGACAAGAAGGACAGUAAGGUGGUAGAGAAUGAGGCAGCUGCCGGGACGGGAACUGAUGCCGAUGAGGCCAACGCUGGCGAAGGAAACAAAUCAGACACCAUGGUUGACGCAGCUGUUUUGGAAAAGAUGGAGGCUGGCUUCGCCAAGCUGGCUGCCUCGGACUCCAAGUCCCUGCUGAAGAAAUACCUGACCAAGGAAGUCUUCGAUGCCCUGAAGAACAAGAAGACCUCCUUCGGCUCGACUCUGCUGGACUGUGUCCAAUCUGGUUUUGAGAACCCCGACUCUGGUGUCGGCAUCUACGCCCCGGAUGCAGAGUCGUACACGGUGUUCGCUGAAUUGUUCGACCCGAUCAUCGAGGACUACCACAAGGGCUUCAAGAAGACCGACAAGCACCCGCAGCGUGACUUCGGCGAUGUGAACGCCUUUAGCAACGUUGACCCGACCGGCGAGUUCGUCGUGUCGACCCGCGUCCGUUGCGGCCGCUCGAUGGAGGGUUACCCGUUCAACCCCUGCUUGACCGAGGCCCAGUACAAGGAGAUGGAGGAGAAGGUCUCCGCCACCCUGUCCGGACUGGAGGGUGAGCUGAAGGGCAAGUUCUUCCCGCUGACCGGCAUGGACAAGGCCGUCCAGCAGCAGCUGAUCGACGAUCACUUCCUGUUCAAGGAGGGCGAUCGUUUCCUGCAGGCCGCCAACGCUUGCCGCUUCUGGCCAUCGGGUCGUGGUAUCUAUCACAACGACAACAAGACCUUCCUGGUCUGGUGCAACGAGGAGGAUCACCUGCGCAUCAUCUCGAUGCAGAUGGGUGGUGAUCUCGGCCAGGUCUACCGCCGCCUGGUGUCCGCCGUCAACGACAUCGAGAAGCGCAUCCCAUUCUCGCACCACGACCGUCUCGGUUUCCUGACCUUCUGCCCGACCAACCUCGGCACCACCAUCCGCGCCUCGGUCCACAUCAAGGUACCGAAGCUGGCCAAGGACUACGCGAAGCUGGAGGCUACCGCCGACAAGUACAACCUGCAGGUCCGUGGUACCCGCGGUGAGCACUCGGAAGCCGAGGGUGGCAUCUACGACAUCUCGAACAAGCGCCGCAUGGGACUGACCGAGUUCCAGGCCGUCAAGGAGAUGUACGAUGGUAUUUCGGAGAUCAUCAAGGCCGAGAAGUCGCUGUAAGCAGCAGCAGCAGCUCUUUUCCCAGCUCUCGGAUGAUGAUGACGACGCGUUGAUGGUGAUAUCUAUGGAUUGGAUAGGACGGUGGCGAUUCCAACCGCAAACUGAACUCAAUACCCACUGAAAAUUGACCUCCGCCGAGCACGUGCGCUCCCCCUUCAACUUCUACCCUUCCUUUCGCAUGCUACUCUACUGCUCGCUUCGCCCAUUGGGUGGUGUGUAGCACUAGUACGAUGUAUACUCCCUAUCUCUGCAACCGCUGCCACGACCCUUCAUUGCCACCGGCGGGUGUCGCGAUGUUCUCGAUGUGUGAUCAAUCGUACCACGCGUCCAGAGCAUGUUUUGGCGGCCUUUGAGAGCAGGAAAACACGGAAUUACACCAAGUGUAAGCAAAGUUCGCGCAUGUGAGUGCUCGUUUGAAACGGCAACCUUUCAUAUCCGGCGCACAUGUCUUGCACCGUCGAUGCGUGCCGGGUUGUGCACGUGGGUUUCCGACCACCAAACGACACGUAACAUUGUGCAAACAAGGAACUACAUCGAAACGGGAGAGGGACAGGAUAUACAAAAUCAAUAAAACAAACAGCUGGCUGUUGCAAGGGGGCACACGAUCAAAUUUAAGGCGGAUUGAGAUAAAGAGGGAGUCAGAGAGCGUGGUGUAAACACAACAGCAGAACACACGCUCGCACAGCCAAACAAAAUACAAGUAGUCGCCAGCAAGCAUAAUUGAGGGAAGUCACGUGGUGUAAAGAAACCAGAAGCAAAAUACACACAUUUAAUGGAGUAAGCAACAAAAUGAACUAAAAAUAAAAACACAAAAACAACA